GCACCGCGGACCACUGCAUCAUCAUACAUCUCCACGUUCCAUGUGGUGUCAAUGGUCCCGAUGCAUGUCGACGCUGUCGCUGCAUGGGUUUCUGACCUCGAGUCGACUACGCGCUUCGUUCCCAGCCCUUUGCAGUCCCGCAAACGCCGUCGAUCAAAUCCUUGCAAGAGCCAACAACUGCACAAGACGCGCCGCGUCGCAUUGACCGAGAUGGCUGCUCGCAAUCAUGACGAUAACCCAGACACGACGAAGACUACCGAGAGCAAGCGUAUGCGCACGCCGUCACCGUCCAAACGCCUGUUCCCCGCCGACGUAUACUCAUCAGACGCUGACUCGCCAGACGAGCUCGAUGAGUGCACGCCACGCCCGCGUCAACGCAUACAUCCCAUUCCCGAUCUGUCUUUGUCCUACACCAACACUCUCACUGCUGUUGCAACUGAAGACGAUUUGGCUCUACAACGGCGCGCCCGCUCAUAUGCAAAGCAACGUUCAGAAUCACAUUCGCGGUCGCAGUCGCAGUCGCAAUCGCAGUCGGCGUCCUCAGCGCGCUCAACAAGCCCCAAAAAGGUGACCUCAUUGUGGGACGUUGGUAAUGGAGUCACGUAUAUGCCGCUUGCCAACACGACAGCGAGUCAGCGCGAACAAUUGGGGCGUGCAGGGAUGGCGCUGUUGGAUGUUCUAGAAGAUGUAGCGGAUGGGCCUAUCUUUGCUGCAAGUCUGCGACAAGAACUGAUCGAGGCUGGUAUCGAGAAGAUUAGACAAUCCCAAUUGGACGAUGACGAUGAUCGCCCUAUAGAAGAGCUGAAGGCCGAGCUGCAGACGACACUAGCGAUCAACGCAUUAUCAAACCGCUGUGCCAAAAAUCGCGAUCAUGAGAGCGAGUGGAACAAUCGCGUGCACACCAAGGUCUUAGAAUUGGCCUUAGGGAAUGAUGAGGCGCACGUUGGCUUCCGGAGUGUAGCUACUGCGAAGAUCUCGUCUGCCUUCCGCCCAACGCACUCUCCUGGCCUUACUACAGGCAAGAUCGUCGAUUAUGUCAUAUUUCUCGAACCUUCUCGCCCGGCUCGCGAUAUCAUUACCUCUGUCAUCGUCAGUCCAUCGACAUCCAUAAACCACAUCACCUACGAGGCUUUGCAGACUCGACCCGUUGCCGUCUCCAUUGAGACCAAAACUGAGAGCCGCACGGUCGAGGAAGCCAAGGUCCAACUAGGCGUAUGGCUUGCCGGACAAGUUGCCCGAGUAGAGGAGCUGAUCCGACAGAUUGCCUUACUGGAAACGUCCAAGUAUGGAGAAGAAGGCACAGCUGGAUCUCAUUCGAGCGGACGGGAAGAGUGGCAAGGUCGAGUGGUGCCUUCGCCCACGCACGUGCACACGCAGCAGCCGACCCCAACGCCCACCACUCACUCCAUCAGCCCAGUCAUCACGGGCCUUCUCUCACAGAUUGUGUUUCCGCUCAUCGAUGUGCAGUCGGAGAAUUGGUCCCUCUUUCUCGGGCGGGUGUGCACCGAUACGUUGAUUUCGAUGUCAAACCCGAAUAUGCGGAAGCCAGCUUCGCCCAUUCAUAUUUUCCACUCAAUUCCCUUGGGAAAUACUGCGAACACGGUACAGACGUAUCGGCUGAUAAAGAGCUUGAAGGCACUGAGAGCGUGGGUUGAUGUCGAACUUCGUAUGUGGUGGGAUAAGGUGCUUGGCAUUAAUGACUCACUUGUGAACGCUACUUCAUGUAUUCACGACACCGCCUAGAACCAUCUUAUCCUGCAUUCCUACAGUGACUUUUGCGAAGAGCCACUGGGAUUACAGGCUCGUCAGUUGUAACAUUUCCUCUUGGCGUAGCCUUGAUGCAUCUGCGACUGCGGCAGAGCGACUUACCAGAUCCAGGUACCUGAAAUGGUGUUUGGUGCUUGGAAUGAUUCUGAAUGGCCUAGUUCGAUCAUAGCUUUCCUGAGAAAUAUGGGCAGUGCCAUAAAGCUACCAUCUGGGAAUCUUCCUGACCAUCCUGUAACACAGUCGACAAGGGGGUUAAAGCUGAUGAUUUAUAUAGAUGGGAACUCGCUUCCUGGGGUUUAAGCAAAGCCGUCUAAACAUCACUGGGUUGAGUUCUCAGGGUAUACUAAAG